AAGCUGUGUGACUGGAAACACACCAAACAGAAGGCGAUACUGAAACAGAAGAGAGGGCGUGCGAAGGGAAAAUGAGACUAAAUGUGACCUAAAAGACUCCUACGUCUAGAACUCUCUAGUGACUUCCCUUUUUGCAUAUUUAGUUUUUCUUUUUUUGUCAGAACUGUUUCAAGUUGCAGGAAAAGCAGGAAGUGCUGAGAGCCGAGGAACUGAAUCGCCCACUACAGCACCAGGACACUUGAGAGAAUCAGAGCUGCAGAUGAUGGAAGAGAAAACAACACAAGGCACAACUCGUGACCUGGACAGCGAGCCGAAGGAACUCAAUGAUUCUACUAAACCAGGGUGUGAGCUGAGGCUGGUGUUACUGGGCUGGGCCGGCACGGGGAAAAGCAGUUUGGGUAACGCCAUCCUGGGCAGUCCGGUGUUUGAUACGCGCCAUGAUCCCACCUCUCAGACACCAGUAACCACGCAGUGUGAGAAGGCGUGUGCGAGUGUGGCUGGGAAGCAGGUGGUUGUGGUGGACACUCCAGACUGGUUCUACUCCGAGAGGCCCGUAGAGGAAAUGCACCACCAACUGGCUCUCUGCGAAUCCCUGGCUGCUCCAGGACCCCAUGCCUUCCUUCUCUGUAUCUCUAUCCAUCACCCAGGUGAGAACCUCCAGGCUCUGGAUGCUUUAGAGAAAGUGUUCGGUCCCGAAGCCAUCACCAAACACACUGUCGUCCUGUUUACUGAUACGGACAAGCUGUCAGAGGGUCAAACACUGGAGGAGUUCCUGAGCACUGAGCAGAAAGGUUUAUUUGGAUUGGUGCAGAGGUGUGGAGACCGUUAUCAUGUCAUAAGAGUAGAAGAAGAGAAAGGCAGAAAGAGUGUGGUGGAGUUGCUGGAGAAGGUGGAGGAGAUGGUAAAAGAGAGCGGGGAGGAAUUCUACACCUUCCAUCCUCUACUUCACCUAGAGGAGGAAGAGAGAAGAAUGGAAGUGAGUAAUGAGGAAAGCUCAUCCAGUGAAAUCAUGAGCAAGUGGAAAGAAGAGGUCGACGAAGACUUGGACGCGGAGCCAGAACCAAGCGCAGAGAACAUGGAGGGGAGCACAGAUGGUCAUGAGGCAGAGGAGGAGGACGACAUCGCUUUAUCUCCUCCUGCACCUCCUCCCUCGUUCUUGCGCUGGGUUUGGGACACAGUGGUUGAGUGGGUGCUGUGGCUGCCCAACCUGAUCAGGGGUUCCACGUUACUCGGCUCUGUUGUGGGGUUGUUUUUUGGGGGUGCCGUAGGAACUACUGUGGGCUCCGUUGCCACUGAAGUGAGCAGAAGAAAAAACAAAGUAAAAUCACAGUAACACACUUUCUAUGCAUCCGAAUGCUUUAUGAAACUGAAAAUGUAUCAAAUGUGCUGCGGAAUAAAUAAUCACAUGGGCUGAGGAGAGUAGAACAUAACAGCUUUAUCAUUAAAACCAACUAAAAGUAACUACUGUACUUUUGAGCUAAUGUUACAGUAAAUUAUAAAUAUUAAUUUAAGGCUUUCUGUGAUCUUGGUUUGUAAAACUAGGUUUAGGUUUAAUUAAAGGUUCCAGAACAGAUUUAUAAGCGCAUUAAACUACACUGAAUCUAUAUUUGCUUCUUGAUCCUCAACUACAUCAGGAUAAGCAUCACUGUCUAUUAUUUAUAUACAAGAAUAAUAAAACUUAGUUCUAUAACGCCACAAUAUAUAUAUAUUUUUUUUAUACUCAUCAGAGAAUGUAGGUAGUUUACGAAGGUAGAAAAGUCCGUGGUGGUGUAUCUGUGAUGAUGAUAGAGAGUCAAAUUACUAAGUGGAAUUGCUUCCAAGUGAAAGUUGUUUACCACAUGGGUUUUACUCUGCUCAUUUAUUUACAUGACUUUGAAGCUGUCCAAACAUCAGAGUUUUAGUCCGUUGCAUUGCCGUGUUGAUUAUUUAUGAAGUUCUGAAGAAUGAUUUAAGUGAUGAAUAAUAAUUUGUUUAUCCACUGCAACAUUGCAUGCGCUAACCUUACGGUUGUGUGUUCAUGUUUUCACGCGAUCACAGCGCAGAUUAAUUUAAAAAAUGUCCAUCUAAAUAUAAAUUCUCAUCCUCGUUUGUAGUGCUUCUACUUCACAUUCAUAUGGGUGACAUGUUUUUUGUAAAGCUGUUACCAAUUGCAGAUUGCUGUAUAUUAUUAGACACAGCUCGAGUGCUAUGUUACUCAUACAGCACAUGCUGUUUAGACAGCUUUUUGAUUCACCGAGGGGGGGGUAAAAAAAUCUGGUUUAUUAUUAUGCAUUUGGCAGGGGUGCUUUUGCUCUGCAGCUUACACGUUUUGUGCGAGUGAAAAAUGUAAAAGUAAAAUGAAAAUCCAAA